CUUAAAUAAAAUUCGAUUACCGGUAAUCUUUAAAAACCGACUUCCCAAAUCCCAACCCAUUUAGACUUCUAGUGUGCCCACCUACAAAUCGCAUCACUAAAUUGAAUUAAAGGUAGUGUAAGCCAAUAUGUUUACAUGCAAAAAAAACCCAAGACUUCGUGAACGCAGUAAAAUUCUCAACCAACCACAACCACAACCACAAUCCUUUUCCUCCUCUCCUAUAUAUAUUCAACCCUUCUUUCCUCCUUUCCUUCCUCAUCGAACUCCAAUCCUCUACAAAUUCAUUUGAAAUAGUAGUGGAUGGUUAGGUUUAUACUCAAAGAAGGGAGAUUUUGAUUGCAAAAACGGCUAUACAAGGUAAAUUUGGGCCACACAACCACGUCCGAUAUGUGCAGCGUAAGAAAGGGUGUAAUGGAUUGUUGAUUGAUAGAGGAAGCCCUUCUUUGCACGGCGGACGUGGUGCCUUGCCUUCUGAAGGCGGCAGCCCUUCCGAUCUUCUUUUUCUUGCUGGUGGAGGUUCUUUUUAGAUUCAAUUUUUUCUUUUUUGAGUAGUUUUUGGUGUAGAUUUCUGGGUUUUCGUUUAUUGUUAGAGGAACAUAUUGGGUUUUCUUUUUGUAGUUUUUAGAUUUCUGGGUUCUGAUUAUAUACAAGACGUCUUUUUGGGGUUUUGGUUCUUGAAAAAUAAGAAAAAAUGUUGAGGAUUAAGAGGGUUCCGACGAUUGUUUCGAAUUAUCAGAAGGAGGACAGUGAUGGGUCUUCUCGUUCUGUUGGUGGGUGUGGACGGAAUUGUCUCAAGGAGUGUUGCAUUCAAGGUGCAAAAUUUCCUUUAUAUGCUUUCAAGAGGAUCAACAAGAUUGAAACUGAGCAGGCUUUGACUGUCGAUGAGGCUAGAAAAUCUCCUGUUGCCUUCCUGGAUUCACUCCUUUUGGGAGAGUGGGAAGACCGUGUGGAGAGGGGGCUAUUCCGCUAUGACGUCACUGCUUGUGAAACCAAGGUGAUUCCUGGUGACCACGGUUUUGUUGCCCAGCUUAACGAGGGCCGUCACCUGAAGAAAAGGCCGACUGAAUUCCGUGUAGAUAAGGUCCUACAACCCUUCGAUGGCAACAAAUUCAACUUUACUAAAGUGGGGCAGGAAGAGGUGCUCUUCCAGUUUGAAGCAAGUGAAGAUGGUGAAGCUUACUUCACCCCUAGUGCUCCGAUUGAUGUCGAGAAUUCUCCGAGUUUUGUUGCCAUUAAUGUGAGUCCUAUCGAGUAUGGACACGUCCUCUUGAUUCCUCGAAUAUUCGAGUGUCUGCCUCAGAGGAUUGACUAUGAGAACUUAUUGCUUGCUCUGUACAUGGCCAUUGAAGCUGGGAGUCCUUACUUCCGUCUUGGUUACAAUAGCUUGGGUGCAUUUGCCACCAUUAACCACCUCCAUUUUCAGGCGUACUACUUGGCUGCCCAGUUCCCCAUCGAGAAGGCUCCUACCAAGAAAAUCACCACAACUAGCAAUGGGGUAGAGAUAUUUGAACUCCUGAAAUUUCCGGUUAGGGGUCUUGUUUUAGAAGGCGGAAAUUCUUUGCAAGAUCUAGCUAAGGUGGUCUCGGACUGCUGUGUUUUCCUUCAAGACACUAAUAUCCCUUACAAUGUCCUCAUUGCUGAAUCGGGAAAGCGUAUUUUUCUUCUUCCGCAGUGCUAUGCUGAGAAACAGGCUCUAGGGGAGGUAAAUCCCGAGUUGCUCGACACCCAAGUCAAUCCAGCUGUGUGGGAGAUCAGUGGGCAUAUUGUGUUGAAGAGGAGGAAAGACUACGACGAGGCAUCAGAGGAGAACGCUUGGAGGCUCUUGGCCGAGGUAUCUCUUUCCGAAGCAAGGUUUGAAGAGGUGAAAGCAAUGAUAUUCGAAGCUAUUGCUUGUACUAUUGUCGAAAAUGGGUCCAACAAGUUUCUUGAGGAAGCCGAUCUCAUAUCUUCUUCUGCCCUCCAAGACAUGGACUCCAUCAAUUCCUCUGCUUCUGCCAUGGUAACCGGAAACCACGAAUGUGUGGUUCUCCAGUAACACAGUCCUACUGUUGCUACAUGCUGUUUGCAUUAUAUGUACUUAUUCUGCUUCUGGGUAACUUUUAAGUAGCAUGUUUCAAUAACAUCGGAUUCUUAUGAAUGAUGUAAGUAGCCAUAUACCCUUGAUUAUAAGGGAUAUUAUGAAUGAUGAUAGGUAUUGGUCUCAGGACUGAUCUAAUAUUAGUGUGUUUGUCCUGAGCUAUUAUGCGCUUGUAAGACGCUGUUAUUCAGAUUUAUGAAGCUAUUUUAUGUACUUUAUUUAA